AUGGCGACUGGACAGAUACUUGGCUUGUUUAUGCUUGCGUGCAUCUCGACCGCAGCGCGGGUCCACGACGUUGCAGUGCCAAACCUCCUUCUUGACAUUUACCAUACGGGCAUGGUGGCCAAAUGUAAGCUUGGCAAAGUUGCUGCAUCAAUGCCAACCAGCUUCAAAGCAGAGAAAGGAAAUUACCUGAAACUUACUUACAACGUAAGUGCUUACGCUCCUCACAGUGCUGCUCACCUCGUGUUUCAACUUGACUCAUCAAGUAUAAAUGCGAUUCCCUGCAAAUCGUUUAAGGCGAGCUUGAACGGAUCGUCAAUUACUCUACACAAUCGCUUGGUAAAUACGUCACUUGUAGCGAAACUCGACCAUGCUGAGUUACAUCGAAGUGCCGAGAUUCGCCUCGAUACUGAACAACUUUCUCGAUGUGGCGUGCAAGUCAACGAGAUUUUCUUGCUAUCUAACGUAAAUGAGACCUGCACAGUCUGGGCCCAACUCAUGUCGCCCACUGGGGGGCGUUUUAGUCGCUCAAUUGACGCAGCAAAGGAAAAAGCCACUGAUCAAGAUCCCCCUCCGUCGACUAAACUGCCAAAAUUUGCCUCGGUCCUCUCCAGGGUAAUUACGUGGCCUUUGGCAAAACAGGCCAUUCGUAGAGACACGCGGGUCAGAAACCGAUGUGAGCGCAAGGACUUUAUCGUCAGUUUUGACGAACUCAGCUCUUCGCCAAAUUAUGUAACAAUCCCUGAUACAUUUAAUAUGGGAAUGUGCAAGGGCAUGUGUACGACUAUCCAAUGCAAGAAUAACAAUGCCUUCUUGCGUGGUCUGAUCAAUGACAUUUUUAAGGACGACAAAGCAGCGCCUAAAGAGCUUCCCGAGCCCCCAGCUUGUCGUCCUACGAAAUAUGAAAACCUGCAAGUGAUUGUCUCUCUGGGGGAUAGGUCUGGUUUCGAAGUUCGUGUCUUGAAGGAUAUGGUUGUGGCAGAAUGCGGCUGCGUGUGAGCCCCUAUGCAGCGGUCAAUGUUCGCGUCAGCAGUCGUCGCACCGGAACAAAUCAAGCUCGUUUUCAGCAUUCGAGAGAAUUCUUGUGGA